UUUAAAAGGCAUGUAGCUGCAAAAUGAAAACAAAAAGUAGUAGCAAUAAAGAUUGUUAUAUUAUAUGCUGUUAUGGCAAUUAUGACGUUAUUACCGUAUUUUCGCGAAAUAAAUCCGCGACUUAUGCAUAGUCGAUUUUUAUAUAGAAAAGCAUGUAAGCAUAUCUCUCUUUUGAAAUUGAUUUUUGGAAUACACAGUGUAUCAAUCUGAGAAAUCAAGGUAAUUUGUCGGCUAUAUAUUUAUUUUUGCUUUACAGUUUGUGUCUUUGAUGUUUGGUUAUGAGAGCUUGAAAUUGUUGCAUCCAUCCAUUUGGAUUCAAUGCGCUCAUGACAUGAGCAUUGUAUAUAUUUUUUUUUAUUAGGAGUUGCAUUCCAUCUUGUGUUUGUUGUUGUUGUUAUUGUUGAUGUUGAUGUGAUUGCGUGUUUCCAUCUUCCAUUGAUCAGAUCUUUUCUGUGGUUAGUGGAUUUGUUGUUUUUGUUUUGUUUUGUUUUCGUUAUUUUUAUCCCCUUUUUAUUCAUUUUUUUUUCCAAGACUAUAUCGCAAGAAUCAUCGAGUAUAUAAAUAUUGAGUACAAACUUGGAACGGAAAAACAAUGAAAUUGUAAUUUCAAAAAGCUAUUGUUAUUUUUUUAAAAUAAAAUUCUAUCAACUUUUAAAUCAUCAUCAAUAUUCAAUGCAAAACAAAGUGCAAUAUAUCUGAAAGAGAGAAAAAAAACAAACGUCAUUAUUUCGAACAAACAAAAACAACAUUAAAACCCUCAAUAACCGUGUUGUGUUUGUAUUUGUGUGUGUAUUUAUCUCAAAUAUAUAUCCGUUUUAUUAUGGUUAUUAUUAAGAUCGAAGAAGAAGAAGAAGAAAAAACAAAUAUCCUUUAAAGAUACAUUUAUUAUCUAUAUCCAAACACGCUGACUACGAUUGAUUUCAUCGAUUUCAUUGAAUAUACUCUGAUGGUCAAAUAUUAAAAAGUCAAUAGUAUAUGAUGAUAAAAAUAUGUAUUUUUUUUUGUAUUCACCCAUGAUCUCUUGAAUCAAAGUUAAAUAUUAAAUCGGACUUUUAACAAAGAGAAUAAUAAUAUCAUAAUCAUGGAUUCUGCAACGAUUCCAUUGUCAUCAUCAUCAUCAUCAUCAUCAUGACGAUUCAACCAAUACAGACAACUCCUACAAGUAGUAAAAUGACUAACAUUAGUGAUGAACAACAACAACAACAACAGCAACAACAAUUUUUGAUGGCUGCAGCAGCUAUGGCUGCUGCGAAUUGCCAUAAUAAUAAUAAUAAUUCCGUAUUACUCACUGGUGCAGCACAUUUCACUGAUGAUGUUCGUAAAUGGGGCUAUAUGCGCAAAUUAAAGACAAACAAACGUAAAUUUUUCGUUCUUCGAUUGAAUUCAUUAUUAACAUUAAGCAAAGCGACCAUUGCCUAUUACGAUAAUGAAAAGAAAUACCGUGAUAAAUGUCCAGCACGACGUACAAUUGUGUUGGUCGAAUGUUUUGCUGUUGCUCGAAUACCCGAUCAAAAACGAUACGUUCUUGGUAUAUACACCAAAGAUGAUCUACUAGCCGCCAUAUGUGAUGAUGAAAAACAAUUAAAUGAGUGGUUACAAGCUAUUCGAUCUAUUCUGUAUCGAACACCCGAAUAUCAUUGUCGAUCACUGAGAGACUUUCAUUUUAUAUGGCAAGGUCAUAUAAAUCGGGUGGAUGGAGCUUUGCCACGAGCAUUAAUGGGCACCUACCGAUUUUGUUUAAUGCCAACUGUUUUGUAUUUAAUUCGUCUUGAAUCCUCCAAUUCGAAUAGUAACAAUAGUGUAGCAAACAGUAGCCAAGCAAAUCGCUAUGAAUUUCCAUUGUCCAUAAUACAUCGUUGCGGGCAUAAAGACAAAACUUUUUAUCUGAAAAUUGGUCGUCUAUCAGAAUUGGGUGCUGGUGAAUGUUGGGUCCAAACUGAUGAUCAAACAAUAGCUGAACAUAUGCACGCUAAAGUAUCAUCGUUCUGGGCAUUGAACAAGAAUUCUAAAUCUGCUGAUGAUGGUGGCAAUUCAAAUAAUACGACAACAGCUGCUGGUGAUGAUCAUGGCAAAACAACGGCGACAAUGUUGAACAAUCAUAGUUCCUCUACCGCAUCAUCCUUAGCCGGUUAUCGACCAAGAAGUUCUUCAACAUCAAAUGCAAUUAAUUCAAAUCAAUUAUCAGGAUCAUCAUCGAGACAACCUCAUCACUUAAUGAUGCACCAAUUUAUGCCCACUGCAGCUGUACAAUUUCAUCCCGGUCUUAACCAACAUCAUCAUCAUCAUACAGCGAAUAAUCGAAACAGUAUGCCUGCAACCAGUAGUAGUACAUCAUCGCAAUCCCCGGCCGAUUCUCGUGAAAGGUUACAAUCAUGUUCAUCUUCAACCGGUGGUGGAGGCGGUGGCAGUGUCAGAUCACAUACUGCAAGUGAUUGUAGCAAUGAAGAUUUAUCCCAAGGAUAUUGUGCCAGUUCCAAUUCGGCUAGCAGUGCGGCCACCACACCAUUGGGUCCAAUGUUUCCAUCUCCAUGGAAUAUUCAUCAUCUGUAUCAUCAUGGCAUGCCACAUCACUUUUCACAACCACCUCCCACUUCUCAUCAUAAUCAUUCACAUCAAUGUUCAUCAUCACAAAGUUCAUUCUAUCUAAACAAUUCGUUUGCUCAAUCUUCUAGUUCCUGUGGCGGUAGUCUUCAUAAUCCUUCUAAUCCGAUCACUAAAAAUCCAACCAAUUCAUCAACUUCUUCCUUGUCUACUGAAUUUGAUAUUCAAGAACAACAGCAACUUCAACAAAUUCAUGCCACUAUGUUUAGUCCUCUAAAUUGCUUAGAUUUGAACCAGAAUCAGCAUAGUAAUCUCGUAAUGGGGGCUCUCAGUCAAGAUAACGAUAAAGGUUUUGGUGCUGAUCUAGAUCUCUAUCCAGCCUAUAUACCGCCAUUAUCAUCCCAAUCAACAUCAUCAACUACAAUGCCAGCCUGUGCUAGCUGCAUCCAAAUGUGUUAUCUGCAGUUGUUUCAACAACAACAACAACAACAUUUAUCAUCAACUACAUCCGGUCAACCCACACAUCAAUCUCCCAUAACAUCCCCAAAAUGUCAUUGUUCUGCAUGUUUGAUGCAUUCAUUUACACAUGAAUCUUCUAGUUCGAUUUCAUCAUCGUUAUCAUCAUCGAAUACCAAUUGUACUAAUAAUGGGGGUCAAUCGGGCGUUCAAAAUCAUCAUUACUUACCUACUAUACCUGCUGGCGAACCGUCAGAUUAUGUUCCAAUGAAACCGAUGAAUGCUCACAGUCCAAAUAAUAAUUCGAGUGCUGAUGAUCAGAUUAGGGAUGAUGACAUAUCGAAGAAAAAAUUAGACAAAACUGAUGAGGAGGAGGAGAAUUGCUACCUUCACAUGUCACCAUUGGCUGUCGCUAAUGGAGAUGGAUCAAAUCCGAUGGUAACAUCUACAUCUAAUAGUGUGUCCAAUAGUAUUGAAUUCAAUUUGGAAAAAUUACGCUCUUAUAUUCGAGAUGAUGACCAUACAGUCUCUACUACUGCCAAGACUGUACCAGUGACAAUUCCUGCAAACAUGAAUGAAUCUAAUGAUGAUACCAUAUUCAAUGGUUUGACACGUGCCUAUUCAACCGGAAGUAAGCCUCAGCCAUUAGCUCCAUCAAUAGGUUCACAAUGUAAUAAUCAACCUGUAACGACCAAAACAAAUAUUGGAACAGAUAAAGUUACUAAGCAGCAACAAUUACCAACCCCAUCAUCAUCAUCUUCGAAGUCCACUACAACUAGUCACCAGAUCCGUAAUCGAGCAUCCUCGACUGGUAGUCAUGGAAUGAAAUUCAGUGCAUUCCUUAGUUCUCGACGUAAGAAUAAAAUGUCAGCAAUUAUUCCGAUCCAACAACAGCAACAAAUGACAAAUCCUCAAGUCCAUAAUGAUUUUCAACAUAAUUGCCAAUGGCCAUCAUCGAUGGAGACGGCUUCUAGUUCAUGUUGUUCUCUAAUCGAAGAACAAUCGACAAACAAAUCGAACAAAGCAGCCAGUGCUCCCAUAUUGUCAUCAUUAAUUCAGCCAAGAGUUAGAAGCUUGACAUUAGGAUCAAAGCCCGCUGGUCUUCGAUUGCAUAAUCUAUUCAAAAAUAAAUCAACCAGUGUAACCGCGACAUCAUCUGUAAAUCAAAUCAAUCCCCUUUUGCAAUGUACAUCACAAAUACCGCCGGAUAUUCUUGCCAAUCUAUAUGGUCAUUCGUUGAUCCCGAAACCACAUGCAUCUUGUACUUGUUCACUUCAUCAUCAUCAUCAUCAUCAUAAUCAUUUUGCUCAUCAUCACCAUCAUAUGACAACAGCAGCACCGACAACUUCUCAACCAGUGCCACAUUUAAACAAUCACCCGAUGCCUGUAUCAUUUUUACCGGAAGAAGGAGAUCUGAUGGAAAUUGACUAUUCUGCAAACAACAAAAGCAAAGAUCACCGAUUUCAUCAGAAGCAUCACCAUCACCACCAUGGUCAUCAUCAUCACCAUCAUCAUGCGAAAUCAAUUGCAAAUAAUCAAAAGACCAAUGAUUCAUCGAAUGAAACAAUUCAAAGUGAAUUAGAUACCGACGAAAAAAACAUUGAUAUUACCUCAGAAUCCAGAACAAAAUCGGCUACCUCAGAUUUAUCAAAUCGAAAUCGUAAGAACUCGGAUUCCUCCCAGUCAAAUUCUGAAAUAGUGAACAAUUCUCAUAAAUCAUCAAUGAAUGAGGUUCAAACCCAAAAAUCUAAUCAAAAUACAUUGGAUCAUCUAGUUCAUACAUUAAAACAUACAUUAUCCAUACAUGGUUCAAAACAGCCACAUUCGAUCAAUACAUCACCAUCAUUUUAUGAUGAUAAUGACGAUUAUAUAAUGUUCACACCUGGAUCACAGAAAAAUAACCAUAGCAACGUACUUUCAAAAUCAUUACCUGAGCAAGAUAUUAUCAAUACAAAAAUUAAUCGUAAUUUGACAACGUAUUCAGAUCAAUCUAUAGCACCAUUGGCUACGAACGAAAUCCUCAGCGAUGAUGAUCAAAAACCUGUACAUUUGGCUGAAGAAGAAGAAUCAUUGUACGUAUUGCUAUCACCAGAUCAAUCAUCAUCAAGUAAUAAGGCAUCUACUACUUUAAACAGUGGAAAUAAGAAAUCCAAUUCUAAAAAAACCAAAAGUUCCACAAUGCGAUCGCUAUUCUCAUCUAUAACGAUGAAUACCGGUGUUGAAGGAAAUCAAGGUUCUGGAUCAAGAUUUCGAUUCAUGAGAAGUAUUAGUAGUUGUAAUAAUAAUAAUCAUGAUAAUAAUUCCAUCAAAUCAACGGGUAAAAAUAGUAGUCGCAAUCAACGUCAAAGUUCAUCACGAUCAGAAUCUUCACCGUUGGAUCAUCAUAUUCAUGAAACACCUCAAACAACUGUUAUUGCGACUACUACAAAAUCAUCCCCAUCACCGACUAACAUUUCAGCCACACCACCACCACCGACUGCAACAAUUAUUACAUGAUUGUUCUUAGACUGUAAUUUUUUAUUGUCAAUCAACUGGCCAAAUUUUUUGGCCUCUAUUGUCAUAGAAAGAAAAUCAAUUCAUUAAUAUCAUCAUUAUAUAUAUAUAUUUUUUGGAUAAAUUGAUUUGCUUAUGUUGUAAUAAAUGCAAUCGAAUCAUA